AUGGAGGACGAAGCGAAGCAACUGCCUCCUGGACUGACCCAGGAGGAGUGCCCCCAGAGCCGGCCGCAGUACUCGAUACCAGGCAUUCUACACUUUAUACAGCAUGAGUGGGGAAGGUUCGAACUCGAGAGAGCCCAAUGGGAAGUUGAACGAACAGAACUCCAGACGAGAAUAGCUUUCUUGCAAGGCGAACGCAAGGGACAGGAGUGCUUGAAGAAUGAUCUGGUUCGCAGAAUCAAAAUGUUGGAGUACGCUCUCCGGCAAGAAAGAGCGAAGUACGAGAAGCUCCGUAAGGGUGGAACGGAAGCGACCGAGGAAGAGGAGAAACCGCCACAGUUCGAGGCGGACGAAAUGAACUUCGGCGUCUUCCAGGGUCCUGGGAACGCACCAGGGCCAGUGCUCACCUGGAAACAGGGGAGAGAACUCCUAAGACAGUAUCUCCAGGAAAUCGGCUUCACGGACACGAUGAUCGAUGUUCGGAGCACAAGGAUCCAAACACUGCUAGGUCUACAGACUUCGCAUUCGAGCACCGACGGACAUCCGGCGGCAACGCCAGCCGCGGCAGUAGGCGCCGUGAAUGGCAAGGCUAAUCUCGAUACUCAGAAACGAGUGGCCAAAAAGGAAAGGGUGGAUGUGCUCAGAGACGCCGAAGCCUCUGUUCUAGCCACGUUCGACUUUUUGGCUGCCGAAGGAGCUCCCGGCUCCGACGGUGCCGAUGAAGAAGACGAAGACGAUGUUGUGAUGGGGACGCCAGGAGUCGACGAAAUGCAGCCUCCGUGCACCCAAGACCCUGAAGGAACCCUCGGUCUCGGGGAACUUGCAGGACUCACAGUCAACAACGAAUUCGAACCUCAAUCAAAAGACCUGCCGAAAAAGUGGAACGCCAAAUACACUCUACGUAGCCAUUUCGACGGUGUGAGAGCCCUCGUGUUCCAUCCCGUGGAAGCGGUUCUGCUCACCGGCUCCGAAGACAACACGCUCAAAUUGUGGAACUUGAAAAAAACUGUCCCGGCGAAAAAGACAGCCGCUCUCGACGUCGAGCCCUUGUACACGUUCCGAGGACACACGGGGCCAGUCCUGUCGUUAGUAAUGAAUCCAUCUGGUGAGAGAUGCUACUCGGGCUCUUUGGAUAGCACCAUCUGCGUUUGGAAUUUGCCCAAUUGCAACGUCGAUCCCUACGACUCCUACGACCCCGGGGUCCUCGCUCACACACUGACGGGUCAUACGGACGCCGUUUGGGGCUUGGCCAUGCACGCCUCGAGACCACAGUUGCUCUCCUGCUCGGCGGACAGCACGGUUCGGUUGUGGAGCGUAGGGGAUCAACCGGCUCUGUCCGAGACGUUCAAAUUCGAUGCGGUCCCAACGACAGUGGACUUCAUUCGCUCGACGAAUUCGCAUCAGGCCGUCGUCGGCUACAGCAACUCGGAUCUUGUCGCGUUAGAUCUGGAAACCGGUAAACCAGUAACUCGCUAUGAGACUACGGGUUGCGGUCAAAUCAACCGGUUGGUGUCCCAUCCGACGUUAGGCAUCACUGUCACUGGGCACGAAGAUCGCUGUAUCCGGUUCUUUGACGACGCCACCGGAAAACAGAUCCACUCGAUGGUGGCUCAUCUGGACGCCGUUACUUCGAUAUCGAUCGAUCCGCACGGACUGUAUCUGCUGUCAGCCAGCCACGACUGCUCGAUUCGAUUGUGGCAUCUCGAUAAUAAAACCUGCGUCCAAGAAGUCACCAGCCAUCGGAAGAAGUUCGACGAGGCUGUCAACGACGUCGCUUUCCAUCCGUGCAAGCCGUACAUAGCGUCUGCGGGAGCCGAUUCGAUCGUCAAGGUAUUCGUCUAG